AUGUCUGAGAGGAGGUGUUCUCAGCAGGAGGACGACUGCUCCUCCCUCCUGUCCCGGCUGGGCUCGGACUCUCCUCGCCCUCGGAUGAAGUAUGGCGGGAUGUUCUGCAGCGUCGAAGGAGCCUUCGAGAACAAAACCCUCAACUUUGAGUCAUUCAGUCCGCAGAUGCAGCGACACCGCGCCGCUCGAACCCGAACCAACAGCCAUGAAGGAGGAGGAGGAGGAGGAGGAGGAGGACAGACUGUGGUGUUUCCCUCAGGACACGCCCGAGAAAUCUACGGUGUUGCUCAAGAUCACUACGUCAUCAAGGUAAGCGGCACUGCAGUGGUCACAACCCUGGAGAACUUUGUCCAUCAGUCGCUGAAAGGUGGCUGGUGCCCCAUGCAGACCGAAUGGCAUCACCGUAAACUGGAACAGCCCUGCUGGUGUCUGGAAGGUGGUGUAUGGUUGGCUCGACUCCUCCAGAGGCACCUGCCAGUAUCUCUUGCACAGGUCAAGGGUGUUGAUGUACUUGGCGGUUCCAAUCCUCUCCAGCAAGUCAUCGAUUCUUGGCAUGGAGUAGGCCUCAAACUCAGAGAUGGAGUUGAGCUUCCUGAAGUCUAUGCAUAUCCAGAGGGACCCAUCUUUCUUGAAGACGAUGACCACCAGACUGCACCACUCUGCGUUGGAAGGCUCGAUCACUCCAAGCUUCAACAUCUCCUCCAUUUCCUGCCGCAGCUUCUCCACAAGCUGUUGGGGUACACGGUAGGGCCGUUGGCGGAUGGGCCGUCCAUCCUUCAGGCGAACGACAUGCUCAACAAGAGUGGUUCUCCCUGGGCUAGCAGCAAAGAGGGAAGGGGCCUCCUUGAAGACCUGGAGGAGCUGUGCAGCCUGCCCUGGGGAAAGCAAAGUGCUUCCUGGAGCCUGGAGAGGACGCUCCUUCCAUUCUUUCAGAAGGUUCACAUGGUAGGUCUGUUUGGCUUUCUUCUUGUCCGGAUGAUGGACCUCAUAGCCGAUCACAGAUCGAUCAGGAUGUCGUUCCAGACCAAGAAGAACAGCGCGAGAACCGCGGGCAACCGUCUGAUCAUCAAAGGAGGAAAGAUCGUUAAUGACGACCAGUCAUUCUAUGCUGAUGUCUACGUGGAGGAUGGAACCAUCAAACAGAUUGGUGAGAAUCUGAUCGUCCCGUCUGGCGUGAAGACGGUGGACGCAUACGGUCAGCUGGUGAUCCCCGGAGGAGUUGACGCCAACACCAACCUGCUCGCUCCGCAGAAAGGCCUGAACCCGGCUGACGACUUCUACCACGGAACCCGUGCCGCUGUGUCCGGAGGAACAACCACCAUCAUGGACCACGUGCUGGUGGAGCCGGGGAUGAGUUUACUGACGGCGUUCUAUCAGUGGAAGGAGACGGCAGAGCAGAGGGCGUGCUGCGACUACUCGCUUCACCUGGACGUCACACGCUGGCACGAAGGGCUGUACGAAGAGCUGGAGACGCUCGUCAAAGAUCAAGGUGUGAACUCCUUCCUGUUCUUCAUGACCUACAAAGACAAAUACCAGAGCUCAGACUCUCAGCUCUACGAGGCGUUCGGGGUCCUUCGGGAUCUCGGAGCCAUCGCACAGGUCCACGCUGAGAAUGGUGACAUCAUCGAUGAGGUGGAGACAGAGGCAGUGUAUCGGGCCAUCACCAUCGCCAAACAGGCCAACUGUCCACUGUAUGUUACCAAGGUGAUGAGCAAAUCUGCUGCUGAUGUCAUCGCCAAAGCCAGGAAGAAAGGUAUGGUGGUGUACGGGGAGCCAAUCACAGCCAGUCUGGCCACAGACGGCUCUCACUAUUGGUCCAAAGACUGGGCUACAGCUGCUGCCUUUGUCAUGAGCCCGCCUCUCAACCCUGAUCCUUCAACUCCACAGUACCUGACCUCCCUGUUAGCAUGUGGAGACCUCCAGGUGACAUCCAGUGCUCAGGCCAGUUUCUCCACGGCUCAGAAGGCCGUUGGUAAAGACGACUUCACUCUGAUCCCAGAGGGAACCAACGGGAUUGAGGAGAGGAUGUCUGUGGUGUGGGACAGAGCUGUGUCGACGGGGAAGAUGGACGAGAACGAGUUUGUUGCAGUAACGAGCACCAACGCUGCCAAACUCUUCAACAUCUACCCUCGGAAAGGGAGGAUUGCUGUGGGGUCGGAUGCUGAUAUCGUCGUCUGGAAUCCAAAAGAGACGCGAACUGUUUCUGCAAAGACUCACAACCUGACGGUGGAGGUCAACAUCCUGGAGGGGUUGGAGUUUCGAGGCGUGGCGUCGGUUGUGAUCAGCGGCGGACGAAUUGUUCUAGAGGAUGGAAAACUGGACGUGACAGAAGGUUCAGGACGCUUCAUCCCUAGGAAGGCUUUUCCCGACGCCGUCUACAAGAGGAUCAGAGCCCGCAGCAAGAUGGCUGAGGCUCGCGGUGUCCCCCGUGGAAACUACGAUGGUCCGGUCCAUGAUGUCAUAAGCAUGACUAAAUCGGUCCCGCCCACUCCAACCACCAGGGGGCCACCCUGUCCCAAAACUCAGACCAGCCUCCGAAACCUCCAUCAAUCAGGAUUCACCCUGGCAGGAAGUCAGAUUGACGACCACAUCCCUCGUCGCUCUGCUCAGAGGAUUGUGGCGCCGCCUGGUGGACGAUCCAACAUCACCUCUUUAUCUUAAAACUGUCACUUUGAGUUUUUGUCACUUUAAAUAGAAACAGCCAAACCAACCAGUCCUACACCCUAAAACAGUAAUGCUACAAUAACUACUGCUCCACCCUACAACCACCCGCUGCGAGUAGUAAUCACCACAAUGCUUCCACUUGUACAGCUCCUACUGAAUACUAUGAAAACACUUACAGUACUAAAUCCUGCAGUCAUGGUACUUCAACUAGUGCUGAACCCUACAACUCAACUAUCAGUUAUAAGACCUACAGUGAGUACUGAUACUUGUACUUUUACUUGUAUAAAACAACAACCAUCCAACUAGUACUACGUCAUAAAACAGUGGUACUUCAGGGACUACUAAAUCCUGCUAUCAUGCUAGUACAUCUCUAAAACAAGUACUACAAUCUUACAAGUAAGUUCUAAACCCCACAAAAUGUUUUACUUCAAGUAGUGCUGAAUGUUACAAAAAGUACUUUAUCCUACAAUUACCACUUAAUCCUUUUAGAGGCGUACUUCAACAAGUGUUAAACCCUAAAACUAAAUCCCAGAAUCAAGCUGAACAAACCCUGAAACAGUAGAACAACGAGUAGAACAAACAGUAGAAUAAACAGUAGAACAAUCAGUAGAACAAACAGUAGAACAAACAGUAGGACUACAGUCCUACAGAUCCUACUGAAUCCUAUGAGAACCCCACAUCUCGUAGUAAACCCAGUCACAACAGUACUUCAGACUGAACACUGCACCUACUGUACUUUAACUGAAGUAGUACUGAAUGUCUCAACAGUCGUACUACAACCCAACACCUGGUCCUAAAUCCUACAGCAGUGGUACUUUAACCAGUACAGAAUGUUACUGAUGUGGUUUAAAGAAUCAGCCAUUUGAAGUACUUCUGCAUGUGUACUUACUUUAACCCUUUCACACAUGUACUCAACAUCAUUUCCUCUCAUCAUCAUCAUCACCCCAUCAUCACGUCUCUGAUCCAUGCACCAGUAAUAGCAGUAGCAGUAGUACUCGUGGUAAUAGUGGUAGUAGUAUGACCCUGGGAAAUACUUCUGUUUCCUUUAGUGGUCUUUUAUUAACAGUACAGAAGUUUCCACCUCACUUCAUCAUCAGACAUCUGAACACAACCAGUUCACUCCACUAACUGGGUUUACUGGUUUUCUUUGUCAGAGCUGUGACCUGCUGUGACUGGUCUCAUCAUUCACUGUAAAUUAACCUCAUUUCAUCCUCUGUCCUCAGAGGACAGUCCUCUGAGGACAGAGUUGACUCCAGGAGCCGUAUUCACAAACAUUCUGAGACAGCUUUUGAGAGCUCCUAACUUAGCCUAAAGUUUUUUAGUAAGGAGUGAUUUAGGAAAGUUCUCAGAGCGAGGAAGGGACAGAAACUUUUAUCUUAGUGAGGAGGUGUGGUUGACCCUGUUAAUAGGUAUGACACAUACUUUCAACAGAUGUGAUUGGUUUUCAGAGACACACCCUUUUGCGAGCCUGUAAGGUGAGAGGACACCCAGUGGACAUGACAUGAACUGCGUCACCAUAUAAGUCAAAGUGUGGAAUUGUAAGUGUGAUCACUGUAGUGAAGACUGAGACAGACCCAAGUCAUCACUGCUGCACUGUUGUGUUUUUACAGGUAUGUCAAAUAACUUAGUAAUCAUUUUAUUUCUGAUGUUAAAGUGUUAGGUGGGAAUGUGUGCGUAUCCCUGAUGAGAUCAGCCACAAAUCAAAUCAAUCUAAUCUGUAGCAUUUCAUUUACUCACUGUCAUUCAGCGUUUGGAGAAUAUUUCUCUGACCUUUUUGUGUUUCCACCAUUUUCUGCUGUCUGUAAGAAACUCUUAAACCUCUUAAAAGUCCUCCUCCCUACUCCUAACAGUUUUCACCAUAGGAGCUCUUCCAAGGUCUGAGAUGCUCUGUGAAUACCUUUAAUCUUUACCAGGACUCUUAGCACGAGGACGCUUUGUGAGUACGGCCCCAGGUCUGUUCUGUAGUUUCAUUCCUCAAUCUCGUAUUUCUGACCUACUUUAAACAUGAGACCGUUGUGAUGAUAGAAGUCUGUGUUGUUCUGUAGUGACGUCCGUGUGUGGUGGAGUAACGUGAUGUUGGACUGCAGGGUCGGACCCGUCAGGACCAAGGUUUGAUUCACUCAGAAACUUUAAUCGUUGAUACAGUCAGAAACAGAAUUUCAGACGAACACUGUUCGACUUCCUGUCAGGUUCAGAUCAUGAACUGAAUCUAAAUGGUGCUAAUAAAUCCAGUACCAGCCUGCAAGUAGCCCCCCCCCCAAGCCACGCCCCCAAAAUAUCCAAAACAAACAAUCAAAAAAACCUUCCUGUUCUGUCUGCGGACCAAUCGCACGAGCUGGACUCACUAGAACUUUCUCACCAGGCACAUCAGCCAAAACAUUUCCAGCUUUGAGGGUUUGUUUCUGUGAAGCGUCCCACUGCACAUGCUCAGUGUUUCUCCUGCUGGCUCCGCCCACACAGAUGGGUAAACCAAGUGAGCUGCUUGGUAGAUUUGACGUCAUGACCUCAGCUCAGCCACAUCUCAAACAGCUCCACAUUUAUCAGAUGAUGUGCGUCAGAUUCUGACCUUUGAACUUUGAGUUUAAAGUGUUUGGCAUCAGCCGAUGAUCCCUGCUGUCAGUUCACACCUGCGGAGCCCCGACGGAGAUGUGGGGGAGGAAAGAGAAAAACAAAUACUUUUAAAUUCUCCUGAGAAAUUCUUUGGCAGAGAACUGAACUCUGCGGAGGGUGAAAAUCUGGACUGUCUGAAAACCAAAGAAGAAGAAGAAAUUUGUCACCUUCUGAAGAGUCAUUCAUCCUGACUCAGCCGAGUUAGGCAACAUGACAUGGUCUGACUUGUUUCGUCCAGCAUGCCGAGCUUGGGCCGAUGUUGGACCAGGUCACUUUGGCUGCCAGGGAAACACAAAUCAAAUUAAAGAACAGCUGAGACAACACAAAUACAAAUAACAUGCAGAGCUCUUUUGCCUCAGUCAUAGAAGUGCCCAUAGCAACCACCAUAGCAACCACAGUUACCCCGAAAUCAAAAAGACAUGUCUGUCCCCCUGUAGAGCUCUCUAUCAGCCUGGACCCUGCCUGAUUCUCUGAUUACAGUGCCACACUCAGAUUGAUAUUCUGUGAACGGAUGGCGGCAGCGGUUCCUCUGAUCGUUGAUGUUGUGAUGAGUUUACAUUAAGGGCGGAGUCAGUUUCAAGGUCAGUGUUUCUCAUUCAGACGCUACAGAAUGUCAGGUGCUUCAGAGUCACACACUGUGACGAAGCUUCAGUGUUUGAUGAGGACAGGUUGAAUAUUUCUCAGGAGAAUAUCAAAGGUUUUAUCUGUUUUUCCUCCCUCAUGUCCCUGCAGGGACUCUGUAGUUACCAUGACAAACGUUUGUACCAUGUGACCUGUACCCUAACCUGAUGGAGGUUUCUGACCUGACGGAAUCGUCUCUGAACACAUCCAUGAUCUGACCAAGCUUUCAGAGGAUCAACCAAACCUACCACUGACCUUUGACCUCUGACUGUUCAUCCUGUGAUGUCACAGCUGCAGAGCCCUGCCCCCUCCUGCUGUUUGACCUCUGGUGACCUCUGAACAGAUUUUUAACGUGUGUUUGAUUUGUAAAGACUUAAUUUUGUAUUUUUUACCGUUUUGUAUCCUAGCAGUGUUCCUGCUCGUGUUAGCGUCAGUGAUCGUCGUACUCACGCACAGUUCAGCCUCCAUGUGGCGCACAUUAGUCAUGUUGGUGUUGCUAUAGUAACAACAUGUUCCUAUGAACAGGUGAAAUGUGGCAGUGGAGAACAGACAUGUUUGUGUGUUACAGAGAGUUUCAGAUUGAAGCUGCAGACAGCAGCUGGUUAGCUUAGCUUAGCUUAGCUUAACAUAAAACUGGAAACAGCUGCUGUCUUCUUGUCACCAUGUGGUUGCCAGGCAACCAACAGGACUCUCGGAGGUGUAGCUGACAUGGUGGCCAACAUGGCGGCUGUGCUCCUGCAGGCUGAACUGUCUCUGUAGCAGUGGGUUGUUUUUCUGUCCUCACAGAUGCACCUGAGCCAACGUGGCGAACAUGUCCUCUGUGUUUCCAUGGUGAUGGUGCGUCUGUUGUUGUUCCUGUAGUGAAUGUAAAACUCUGUCAUGUUGUGAGAAGCUGCAUGAAUAAAGUGUGAAGAGAAACAGA